AAGAAAUUUAAAAAUGUUUAAAAAAAAAGAAAUGAAGAUCAAGGAAAGAAGGAAAACAGGAAACCCCAUUGAGAACCUACUGCGUGCCUGUUGUCGGGCUUGGCACUUUCAGACACAGAAUCUCCGCUAAUUUUCACCAUGCUCCCGAGCCAGGCAUUAUACUCUCCCCACGUUUAAAAUGACUGGGCUAGGGGCACCUCUGUGGCUCAGUUGGUCAAGCACCUGACUCUUAAUUUCAGCUCAGGUCAUGAUAUCACAGUUGCGAGAUCCAGCCCCACAUCCAGCAGGCGUAGAGCCUGCUUGAGAUUCUCUCUCUCUUCUCUCUCCACCCCUCCCCAUUCAAAAGAAAUUUAGAAUGAGUGGGCUGAAGUCUAUCACUUCUCCAAGGUCAUGCAGCGAGCAGGGUAAGCAGUGGGGAGGCGAGAUAACAUUAACCGAACUCCCAAGGAAGCCCCGAGGAUAAGUACUCAGUGACUGCAGACUGUGUUUUUAACAUGGCUGGGCCUGUUCCAGGCUCAAGGACACAGGAGAGUCACUUUUCCCAUGACUUCUUUCCUUGUUCCAGGUCUGACGGAAGAGGAAACCCAGAUGGGAGUGGUCUACUUUCACGUCCACCCCUUCUCAACAGACCCAGCAGUGGCUCCCCUCCCAUUUGUGGCCUUCGUGGUGUCAUACUUAGGAAGUCUCAUUGGAAACAUCACCGCUGGGCUCCCAGUCUGGCGAGAUCACUCCCCCUACACCCCGACGUACUUCUUCCUCUUCGCACUGGCCGUGCUGGCAAUUGGCUACCCCACCAACAUUGCUCCCCUGACUCUGGCUGGCAUCCUUUCCACGGGGCACAUGCUCAUCUCUCUCCCUGGCUGUGGGGCCUAGAUGUUCCCCUUCAUUCUUCUUGGAGGGUCUGACUGUGUCUUGCUUGCUGUCAUGGCCUACGACAGGUACAUGGCAAUCUGCCACACAGUGCAUUACCACGUCAUCAUGAGGUGGCGGCUCUGUGGGCAGAUGACUUUAGGUUCUUUGGGCCUGGGAUCCCUGUUGUCACUGCCUUUGACCGUUCCGAUCUGCCACCUUCCAUUCUGUGGCCGCAAUGAAAUCUUCUGCUUCUUCUGUGACAUGCCUGCCGUCAUGCGCCUGGCCUGUGUGGACACCCGCAUGCACGAGGCAGCUCUCUAUGCCAUCGGUGUGGCCGCGGUGGCUGUCCCCUUCCUCCUGAUCUGCCUCUCCUACGGCUACAUUGUGGCCACCAUCCUGAGGAUGAAUUCAGCUGAGGGAAAGUGCCGGGCUUUCUCCACCUGUUCCUCCCACCUCAUCGUGGUUCUCCUGCAGUUUGGAUGUUGCACCCUUAUCUACCUUCACCCCAGCUCCAGUUCCUCUCCAGAAGAGGGCCGGGCAGUGUCUGUUGUCUACACCCUUUUUGCACCAGUGCUAAACCCCUUGAUCUAUAGCAUAAGGAGUCAAGAGGUGACUGAUGCGGGAAGAAGACUUACGGUAAGAACGUGCUGGUUCAGGAAACCAGAAAUAUUCCCCAAACCAGUAGAGGCAUGAUCUGAAGGACAGGAAGCUCCAAAGCAAAGAGGAAGGAGUGGAGAGAUGACUGUCUCCAUGGCCCUCUCAGCCGGGGGAUGCUCAUCAGUGCACAUUCCUCUCUUUUUAGGAGAUGCUGGUGAGGAAGCCCUGGAUCGGCCCUGACUACCUAGCCAGCCUCCUCUCUCAUCAUAGUGCUUAGAAUAAGGACUGGACAGGAGUGUCAGUGAAGAAGAGGGUGAAUAAAUGGAUGGACAGGGUG